UUUACAUGUCUUCUUCUAUCACAGCUUAACCAGUCGUUCGGAGCUAAAACGAGAGAAGUCGUCGUCUUGAUCAUCGGAGCUACACUUUCAAACUCCAACCAUGACGAGAGGUUUAAAGAAGCAUUUGAAGAGGCUCAAUGCCCCUAAAAUUUGGGGUCUUGACAAACUUGGUGGUGCCUUUGUAUGUCUUCUUCUCUCUCUUCUUGUCUCAAUCCAUACACAUUCUUCCCUUUGUUUAUAAUGCUUGCUCGUAUUGGUUCCAAACAGGCCCCCAAGCCAUCUUCCGGACCACAUAAGUCGAGGGAGUGUCUUCCCCUCGUCCUUAUCAUCAGGAACAAGUUGAAGUACGCUCUUACCUACCGUGAAGUCAUCUCCAUCUUGAUGCAGAGGCAUAUCCAGGUCGAUGGGAAAGUCAGGACUGACAAGACCUACCCUGCUGGUUUCAUGGAUGUUGUCUCUAUCCCUAAGACCAACGAGAACUUCCGUCUUCUCUAUGAUACCAAGGGACGUUUCCGUCUUCACUCCAUCAAGGAUGAGGAAGCCAAGUUUAAGCUUUGCAAGGUUCGAACUAUCUCCUUCGGACAGAAGGGAAUCCCUUACCUUAACACGUACGAUGGUCGCACCAUCCGUUACCCUGACCCGCUCAUCAAGCCUAACGACACCAUUAAGCUCGACCUUGAGGAGAACAAGGUUGUCGAGUUCAUCAAGUUCGAUGUCGGCAAUGUUGUGAUGGUGACUGGUGGAAGAAACAGAGGGCGUGUUGGUGUGAUUAAGAACCGUGAGAAGCAUAAGGGAAGCUUUGAGACGAUCCACAUCCAGGACGCGACAGGGCAUGAGUUUGCAACAAGGUUGGGGAAUGUCUUCACUCUAGGGAAAGGGACAAAGCCGUGGGUGUCUCUUCCUAAGGGUAAGGGUAUCAAGCUUACCAUCAUUGAGGAAGCUAGGAAGAGGCUUGCGGCUCAAUAGGCUGCUUAAUUUUUUUUUAUUUCCAGCUAUUUAUUAUGAUGCGUUUCUAGACUUAUUGUUUCUUUGACCCAAAAAAAAAAGACUUAUUGUUUCUUAGACUCUGUUUACAUUUUUUUGAUUCGCUCCCGGUUUUGAAACUCGUGUUAUU